AUGGCUCGAAGCCCGGCAAACCCUGGCCGAAGUAGCCGUCGGAGAGGGGCGGCAAGGUUUCCGGGCAGCCGGUGGCGCCGCCGGCCAUCAUCUCUCCCGCCGGGAAGUCGUCGACAAACCCUCUCGCGCCGCCGUAGUGAACGCCAUAGCAGUCCGUCAGAUCCGACACCGGCGGCGAUGACAGAUAGGUCCCCGCCGACGACUCCGACUCCGAUGGCCCGGCGGCGCUUGAAUUAUCCGAGCUCGGCUUUGCAUGGGCUAAUUCCGCGAGAAUGGACUGCCAUGGCUCACCGGGUGUCGCCGGAGCGGCGCAAUGGUUGGCAGUGAAGGCCUGCACUGCGCCGGCGCCGGCGACGGCUCUGGAGCCCGAAGAGGCGGCGCUGAUCCUCUCCAUGAGGCGCGGCAUCCACAGAUACCGCAUGGCGUCCUUGAAUUGCUUGCUGUUGACGUCGCACUUGAGCUGCUUGGCGUGCUUCUGCACCCUCGUUCUCCAGUAGUUCUUGAUCUCGUUGUCCGUCCUCCCCGGGAGGUGCUGAGCGAUCUUCGACCACCUGGGCAGGAAGAGAUUCGUCAGAUCUUCCAACCCAAGAUCAGAUGAUAAUUGAUUAGUUAAUUGAUUUUUUUAUUCCUUCGAAUAUGAAAUAGGGGUAGAGUAGGCUUCACGGGGUUACCUGUUGCCCCAGCGCGAAUGGAGCUCGAGGAUGAGGAGCUGCUCCUCGGGGGUGAUGUUCCCCCUCCGGACGUCUGGCCGGAGGUAGUUCAGCCACCGCAGCCGGCAGCUCUUCCCGGUGCGCUUCAGCCCUGCGAGUUCGCGCCGGAGAGAAGGAGGGAACAGUUCCCUUCAGAUUCUAACUUGGGGAGUGCUAGUAGUGGGAGAGAGCAUAAGGAUUGAGCUAGAGAGAUGGAGAGAGAAACAGACAGAUGGGGAGAGGGGGGACAGAGCUACAGAGAUUAUUAGAGGAAAAGAUAGAGCUAGAUAGAGAGAACAAAAAGAAAGGAUAGAGGAGCACUUUCCAUCUGGGAAGUAGAGGAAAGAUUUCACAGAAGCCCCUUUAGAGAUUUUCACAUGUCCUUGGGAUGCAGCCAUUCCCAUGAUCCGAGAACAAAGAACACGAGAGAGCGGAGAGAGAGAGAGGGAAACGAGAGAGAGAGAGAGAGAGAAAGGACGACAGAAUCACGAGGGAAGAUGAUUACCGGCGCAGUGGGCGAGGGAAUUCCAGCGGCCCUCACCAUGGAUGGCGAUGUAGUUGAUGAGGAGGAGGUCUUCCUCCACAGUCCAGGGGCCCCUCCUCAGCUCCAUAUCGUCUUCGCCGGAGCCGUUGAUCGCCACGCCAUGCAUACCCAUAUCCAUAUCAGUUCCAAUUCCCAUCCCUAUAAUCCGUUCGCUCUAUAUGCUUGCACGCCUGCUGACAGCUUGCUCCGGUUUGCCUGAGCUGUGAAUUGAAAGGCGAGUACACAGAGAGAAGAGGGCUGUGAGGAGGGGGGGAGAGAGAGAUAGAGGGAGAGAAUUGUAGAUGGGGACACGGAGAAACGCGUUCUGAAGAGGACUGGGCAGGGGAUGGGUGCAGGGAGAGGGAGAGAGGGCGGGGAUCGGCUUUUAUAG